UGCUCGGGUCAUGUGACAGCCCUCAGCUCACGUGACAGACAAAGUCCAGGAGGCAACAUGUCUGCAGCGGAGGGACCCUCGUAUUGGCUGGGGAAUGAAACCCUGAAGGUGCCAGCUGCUCUAUUCGCCCUGAACCGAAAACGUCUCUGCGACAGACUGAGAAACAACUGUGAUGUCCCCAAAGAUGCCAUUGUGGUCUUGCAAGGUGGGGAGGAGACCAAUAGAUACUGCACAGACACUGGCGUCCUCUUCCGUCAGGAGUCCUUCUUUCACUGGGCGUUUGGAGUGACUGAGUCGGGCUGCUACGGAGCCAUUGAUGUCAAUACAGGAAGAUCUAUUAUCUUUGUGCCCAAACUCCCGGAGAGCUACGCCGUGUGGAUGGGGAAGAUUCACCCCCCAGAGCACUUUAAACAGAAAUAUGCCGUGGAUGAAGUCCAGUAUACAUGUGACAUCGCCAAAGUCUUGAGUGCAAAGAGCCCGUCAGUUCUGCUCACUCUGCGCGGGGUUAAUACCGACAGCGGAAGUGUUUGCAGAGAGGCCUCGUUUGAAGGAAUAAGCCGAUUCACCGUGAACAACACCCUGCUUCACCCAGAAAUCGUGGAAUGUCGUGUCUUCAAGACGGACAUGGAGCUGGAGGUGCUGCGUUACACCAACCGCGUCUCCAGCGAGGCUCAUAAAGAAGUCAUGAAAGCUGCAAGAGUUGGAAUGCAGGAGUACGAGCUGGAAAGUGUGUUCUUAAACUAUUGCUACGCACGUGGAGGAAUGAGACACAGUUCAUACACCUGUAUUUGUGGCAGUGGCGAUAACUCCUCCAUCCUUCAUUAUGGACACGCCGGAGCUCCCAAUGAUAAGACCCUCAUGGAUGGUGACAUGUGCCUGUUUGAUAUGGGAGGAGAAUAUUACUGCUACGGCUCUGACAUUACCUGCUCCUUUCCUGCCAAUGGAAAGUUCACCGCCGACCAGAGAGCAAUUUACGAGGCAGUGCUGAAGUCAUCCCGUGCGGUCAUGAACGCCGUCAAACCAGAUGUGUCCUGGCCAGAUAUGCAUCGUCUGUCCACCCGGGUUAUUCUGGAGGAGCUGAUAAACAUUGGCAUCUUGAAAGGCAAUAUUGAGGACAUAGUCAAGGCUCACAUGGGAGCCGUCUUCAUGCCACACGGAUUGGGUCAUUUCCUUGGAAUCGAUGUCCAUGACGUUGGAGGCUACCCAGAGGGUGUAGAUCGCAUUGAUUUGCCUGGUCUGAAAAGUCUCCGCACUGCCCGGACUCUGCAGGAGAGGAUGGUCCUCACCAUAGAGCCAGGGAUCUACUUCAUUGACCACGUCCUGGACCAGGCCCUGGCUAAUCCUGCACAGUCCUGCUUCAUCAACAGUCAGAUUCUCCAGCGCUUCAGGGGAUUUGGCGGGGUGCGCAUAGAAGAUGAUAUCGCCGUCACCGCAAACGGUAUGGAAUUACUGACCUGCGUUCCUCGUACCGUGGAGGAGAUUGAAGCUUUCAUGGCAGACUCGAAAGAACAGGGCAAAAGUUUCAGUAAGGUGGUCGUCAGCCACGCGCUGUGAGUGCUUUUCUGGAAACCCCUUGCGCCCGGUUUAUUCCUUGUGCCUUUUUUUAUCAAUUUUCAUACUGUAAAAUCCAAAUAAUUUCCUAUUAAAUCGCAAAGAAAUAAGAACCAAUCCCAACCCUGUUCCUAAGAAUUUUCCUUUUGUGAAGAAUGGAGAGUCAAUAAAAUGAAAUACAACGACCCUCAGUGUUCACUAAGUGGACGCAGUUUUCUUGGCGGAACAGUUUGGGAAUCUUGGCAGUUAUCGGUGUUAUUGCUUUUCUGAUCUAUUCACAUAUCUGUUACCAAAUAAACGCAUUUAAACAAUACAACAUA